AUUAAGCAGAUGUUUAAAAUGUUAUCUCGUAACGUUUGAACGUGAAAUUGCAUUCAAUGGCUGAAAUCAUAUCCAAGCGAGCUGAAACUGUUGUGGAUUGGAAAGAUUUUUUAAAUUUCUACUUGGCAAAAUGCUCUAAUGAUUCGUACAAUAAAGAAAAUAAUCCGAAUGGAUAUAUCAAUCUUGGUACUGCAGUCAACAAUCUGUGCACUGAUCUUGUUUACACAAAACUUUCAGAUGUAUGGACUUGGGAAAAGUCCAUGCUGCAAUAUGAAGCAGGAUAUGGGAUUGUUCGGUUAAGAAAGGCAUUGGCUGCACUGGUUACAGAAUUUUUUGAUCCAGCUGAAAAGAUAAAUCCAGACAAUAUUUUCUGUGCACCAGGGGUUACAGGCUGCAUUGACCUUAUAGCUCAUUGCCUUGCUGAUCCUGGUGAUGUUUUUCUGGCACCCACACCUUGUUAUGCUCGCAUUUUCACCGAUUGCAAGCAAAGAUCUCUUGUGGACAUAUGGCCAAUACCUAUUAUUUCAAGGGAUAAUGUAGAGCUUAGUCCUGUUUUGACGAUACAGAAAGUGAAGAAAGCUUAUGAAGAUGCAUUAAAUCAUAACAAAACUGUUCGGGGAAUAAUCUUGCUCAACCCUAGCAACCCUCUGGGUGAUGUGUAUAAAUCUGAGUUAUUAAUGGAUAUUCUAGAAUUUUUCCACUUAAAAGAUAUGCAUGUCGUAGUUGAUGAAGUCUAUGCACUUUCAGUAUAUCAUGGAGGAAACCAGUUUCAUAGUGUCUUGAAAUUUCCAGUACUUCCUGAUCCAAAGAAAGUGCAUGUCUUGUAUGGAAUGAGUAAGGAUUUUACAGUUGCUGGGUUAAGAAUUGGUAUGGUUCAUACAAAAUGUGAGGUGCUACAAAGGUGCUUGACUGAGCUUUGUUUCUUACAAUGCAUUCCCUUUCCGGUGAUGGAUAUGGCUGCAAGAUAUUUGGAGGAUUUAGAAUUCUGUAAAAAGUUUGUGGCAACAAAUCAAGAUCGUUUGACUGCCAGAUCUGCAACUUAUGCAAAGAGACUCACAGAUAUGGGACUGAAUGUUAGAAAAUCCAAUGCUGCUUUCUUUUUAUGGGUGGAUUUCAGAAAUAUCUGUGGAUCGGAAUCUUUUCGACAAGAACGAAAUUUCUUUGAAUAUCUUAUAGAAAAGUUCCAGUUAUACAUUGUGCCGGGAGAGGAGUUUUUUUGUGCUCAGCCUGGAUGGUUUAGAAUAUGCUUUACUGCAUUUCCGGAUGAUGUUGAUGAAGGAUUCAACCGCCUAGAAAAUGCUAUGAAAGAAUAUGAAAGAGUGAAGAUGUAACUUCAAGUUAAGGUUUUACUAAAGGUCUUUCAUCUACUCUAAAGUAUUAUAAAAGAACUUGUGCUUCUAACUACCCACCAGAAGGUUGCUUACUCCAAGGAAUCAUGUUAACUAUCCAAACUGCACCUGCCAGUGUUGGAACAGACUUUGUUGAAGGUAUCAAAAGGUUGUCCUUUGGGCAAUGUUGAAGCAUGUUAUUAUGCAAGUGGAAUUUAAAUAACUGGUGCGGGAAGAGUUCCAAAAGACCUAAAAAAGGCUUCCGAAAUGUCCCUUUGCUUGUGAGAAGUUAAAAGCAUCUCUUAUUGCAUUAACUUUUGUCACUGUGCAGAAAAGGUGAUAGAAAAAGAAGCAGAAAGAGAAAGCGAAAAAAAUAAGAGAUGAUGUGCCAAACACUUUCUCUAUACCCUGACAGCAACACGCCUGAGCUUUUUUUAUUAAUAAUUAUUAUUUCUUUUUCAUAAUAGCAUUAAGGUAUCUCAAACUGCACUAACAUACAUAUUUAUUUGGAAAUAUUUGGCAUUCACUAUCAAAUUACUAGCUCUUCAAACUUAGUCAGAAAUAUAUUACAAAUUUAUAUUCUACUGAAAAUAUAAUUUUAAAAACAUUUAUAAUAUGUUUGUACAAAAAAAAUAUUGUAUUCGUGAACAAAUAAAACAGUUUCUAAUAAAUUUUAAGAAAUCAGCAUGGUCAGCAGUUUUGUAACAGAAUCUAAUUGCUUUUGCUUCUAACAUACUUAAUGUUAAGGUGUUUUUGUGUACUAAGUAUUUAAUAAAA